AAAUAUAAGCUGACGCAAAAACGUAUGAGACGUAUCACUGAAGAGUUUACAGUAAGUCAUUGAUCCUUUAGAGAUCCUUUAAAGAGCAGACACUUGUUGCCCAAAAACUAAAGACGAGACUAAAGACGAAACUGUCUUGUUUAAGACUUCAGAUAUUUGAUAUUUGACAACAUAUUUACUGAGCAAGUCGCAGUGAAUAUGGCUUCUGGUCGCACACGAGUUAAACAGGAAACAGCGAGAAGAGCUCUCAAGAUUAUUCUUGGUGUAAUUCUCCUAGUUUCGUUCACAUCUUUAAUUUUGGUGGUUUUAAGUGUGAUAGGAAUCAUUGGCCCAAAGUAAGUCUGCAAUAGCGAUCUUGAGAGUACAAAACAAUGUAAAGACGAUCUUCAGCCAAAUGCAUCUACRACAUUCCUUUUGAAGAGAAUAGACAUGUUAGAAAAGAACAUCUCAUCACUUGUUCUUCAACUUAAAUUGAAACAUGGAGGUAAUGAUGGCAAUGAUGGCGACAAUGGAGGCAAUGGAGGCAAUGGUGGCAGCAAUGGCGGAGGCAAUGGAGGCAAUGGCGACAAGGCCGAGAACUCGACUUGUGCGAGUAGCAUAACGAACGAAUUACAAAAACUUCGCGAAAAACAAGUUCAACUCGAUUCCUCUCUGACGAAACUAAAGAAAAGCGACAGGACCAAAAACAAGAUCAUCCAAGAAAUGAGCGCCAAGUUGAUUGGGCUUGCUGUGGCAGUGAAUUACUUAAGUCUAAACGAUUCGUUGAUCAAGUCUAAAGUACACAAUUUAAGUAAUUCUGAAGUGGAGUUCAGAACAUCUUUGGAAUCACUCAAGCAAAAGGAUGCUGAAGUAGAUACGUCACUAAAAAGAGCAAAAGAUGUUAAAGCAUUCUUGAACACAAGUGUGAACCACCUCAAGUCUUUAAAUGGACAAUUGAAGAUUAAAUUGGAUCAUCUAAACACUGAAUUUAUGACAAAGAUUAACAGUAUCAAUAGAACAAUCAAUGGUAUGCCAGGAGUAGCUGGCUCACCAGGACCCCCCGGGCCUCAAGGUCCAAGAGGUAUCCCCGGGACACCAGGCGCUGGAAAUCUAAGCCAAUGUCAACACCAACAGAAAGUGUUUCGGGGCUUUAGUGAUGCAGCUACUGAUUAUUUUGUUAACUUCAUCGAACCAAUGGACAAGAUCGUGGUAGGAGCCUCUUGCUCGACCGUCAGAGGAGACGAAACAAACCUGUCCACUGGUACUAAUUCACGAGGAGAAAAAGUGUAUCUAUGUACAUGUAGAGAACUGUCAAGUUACAGUAGAGGAUCUGGAAAUACAAAAUGCUUGAUAGACGUCUGGGUUUGCCCUAGAGUAACUUGAUUAUUUCAUUCGUCAACCAUCUGAUAUAGGAGGAACAGCCAGAAGGAAAGGAAAAUCAAUUUUUUUAAACCUAUUUUUACACUUUAUUUCGACGAAGUGCUUUACUCAAAAACCUCCAAAACAAACUUGYAGACUUGCAAGAUUUUCAUUCAAACUUUGCAGUGGUUAAAGUUAUCAAAUAUGAAUUUUUACCUUUCGUAUUACUAAUAAAAUGUAGCUGUUUAAAGUCA